AUGGCUGGACAUCGGCGCAAUGACGCCUUGAUGUACCUCAUAUUCCCAGCAAGCUUGGGAGAACUGGGCCUGAAAUGGUUCAAAAGGCUUCCGGAGGGGAGCAUCGAGGGAUGGCAACAGCUGGCAGAGACCUUCGUCACCAGAUUCAAAACCAACACUCAAACACCGAAGGAGGUCGACCAUUUCCUGAGUGUUAAGAUGGAAUUUGGAAGCUCUUUACAGGCAUACAAUGCCAAGUACUGGGAAACCUACAAUGAGAUCCUCGACUGCCCCACCAAUCUGGCGAUCACCCAAUACAAGUGGGGUCUCCCAGCCGGGCAUAAGCUGCGAGAUUCGCUUACGAUGCACCAGCCCACUACCAUGGAAUCUUUGAUGCAGUGGAUCAAUGAACACAUCCAAGUAGAGGAUGAUGCCGCCACCGCAACCGAGAAAGAAAAUCUAGUCACAGCGGACAGAAGAGUGGCAGGGAAGGUUCACUCAGUAGGGCAGAAGAACAACCGCCCAAAUGACCGGUCAAAGGAUCAACGUCGUGGCUCAAACCGCGAUGAUAGGAACAAAGGUCGCAGAAACGAUCGAGCUAACGCUCCUCGUUAUGAAGAGGAAGAUGCCAAGAGAAAGUUCAAAGUGCAAACUAGCAUCACCACGGUCUUUAAAAUCCCUAUUUACCGCAUCCUGAGUGAAAUCCGGGGUGAACCCUACGUCCGAUGGCCGGCCAAGUUGGGAAACACGCAGAGAGGCUUCAACUCAAGGUAUUGCUGCACCUUUCAUGAGGAACGAGGGCACCGAACGAAUGACUGUUUGCCGCUCAAACAACAUUUGAAGGAGUUGGUGAUGGCAUGA